AUGUUUAGCGUCAUAUACAAGUUAGUUGUUGUUCUGAAAGUUUUUCGUUUUCUUUUAGACACCGAAAGCACUGCAAGUCAAUAUAGUGGGAGUACAUUCUCGGCUACGGUUCAGUCCAGUAUAACAACGAAAGUGACUACUCAAUCGACUGUCGUAACAUCGUCUCCAGUGCAAACAGUUCCUUCAUACAAUCGACCGAAGCUUGAUACGCAUACAAUGUGGAGUGCUAAUGCAAUCACUUUCGCUAAUAGCAGUACCGUCGGAUCAUCACCUUUCGGUAUCUUCAUCACUAUCAACAAUACCAUCUAUGUUACCGAUCGGUCGAACUAUCGUGUACAAAUUUGGUCUAAUGGAAGUGCCACUCCGUCACAAUCCAUCUACGGUACCAACAUGAGCUCAUAUUCACUUUUCGUCACAACCAAUGGUGAUGUUUUCGUUGAUAAUGGAUACUACAAUCGUCGGGUAGAUAAACCGACAACGAUGACAAAUACCAGUGUAUCUGUCAUGUAUAUUAGUUCAUCAUGUUAUGGUUUAUUCGUUGAUCUGACUGAUACUCUCUAUUGUUCAAUGAGGAAUUACCAUCAAGUCAUUGCAAAAUCAUUACAGAGUAAUUCAAAUAUUACCAUAACAAUAGCGGGCACCGGUUGCUGUGGAUCUACUUCAUACCAACUCUGUUAUCCUUUGGGAAUAUUUGUGGAUACUAAUUUUGAUUUAUACGUAGCUGACUCUAAUAACAAUCGUAUACAGCUUUUCCGACCAGGACAACUUACCGGUAUUACAGUUGUUGGGAGCACAUCGAUCAAUCUUACUAUUCCACUUUCUUACCCGUCUGGGAUUGUCCUUGACUUCGAUGGUUACCUCUUUAUCGUCGAUAAAUACAAUCAUCGUAUCGUUGGAUCAGAUUCAAGUGGCUUUCGCUGCGUUGUUGGAUGCACUGGUGGCGCAAGUUCAAACACAAAUCAGCUGUACUAUCCAACAUCGAUGAGUUUUGACAGUUAUGGAAACAUCUUCGUCACUGAUACUACUAACAGUCGUAUUCAGAAAUUUAUUCGCUUGAAUAAUAGUCGUGUUCCAUCAUAUAAUCAACCGAAAUUUUGUUCGGAUGCUUCGUGGAAUCCAAAUGCCACUACCUUUGCUAAUGCAACCAACGGUACCAUCGGACCAUUACCUUACGGUAUCUUUGUCACCAUCAACAACACCAUCUAUGUUGCCGAUCGAUCGAAGUAUCGUGUACAAAUUUGGUCUAAUGGAAGUGCCACUCCAUCGCAAUCCAUCUACGGUAGUUUGAUGAAUUCAAAUUCACUUUUUGUCACAACCAAUGGUGAUGUUUUUGUUGACAACGGACUCUACAAUAGUCGAGUAGAUAAACGAACAACAAUAGCAAAUACAAGUGUACCUGUCAUGUAUAUUGGUUCAUCAUGUUAUGGUUUAUUUGUUGACCUUACUGAUGUUGUGUAUUGUUCAAUGCCUAAUUACCAUCAGGUGGUAAAAAGAUGGGUGAAUGACUACUCUAGAACAAUGACGCUCGUUGCUGGUACAGGUUAUGCCUUUAGCAGUUCAAAUUACCUCAAUCAUCCGAUGGGAAUAUUCGUAGGUAGGAACUUUGAUCUAUAUGUAGCAGAUCAAUACAACCAUCGUAUUCAGCUCUUUCGAUCAGGACAACGUUAUGGCAUUACAGUUGCAGGAAGUACAUCGCCUAAUCGUACUAUCUCACUCGCAUAUCCCACUGGAGUUGUUCUCGAUGCUGAUGGUUAUGUUUUUAUCGUGGAUAGCUACAAUCAUCGUAUUGUAGGAUCGAGUUCAAAUGGUUUCCGUUGUAUCGUUGGAUGUAGUGGUAUAGGCAACGCAUCAGAUCGGUUGCGAUAUCCAGCAUCAAUGAGUUUUGAUAUCUACGGGAACAUAUUUGUUACUGACACGAAUAAUAAUCGCGUUCAAAAAUUUGGUAUAUUAACAAAUUGCAGCCAAGCAUCAUCAUCAAAUCAAACUACAACAACGACUCCAAUCACUUUGAUAACUGUGAAAGCGUGUCUACCACCUACAAUAACACUAAUUCCAAGUACCACUGCAGUGUCAUCACCGAUUCAAUUUCGUCGAAAUCAAGAUUUUACAAUAGUUUCACGCAUUGAAUUAAAUUGUAACAGAACAUCAUUCAUGAAUACUCAAUGGACAAUCAAAAAUUGUACUUCAACGUGUUUGAACAAAAUUUCACUAGAUCCAACAAUACAAACAACAUUCAGUGAACUUUUUAUUCCAGCACGAACCUUGCCCUAUGGUCUAUAUGAGAUGACACUAACUGCUGCGAUGGUUAAUGUCACAAACACUUCUGCAUCAGCUGUCGUCUAUGUUCAGAUCACUUCAUCAGGCAUAACAGCUAAUUUACUUCAAUAUGGCACAUCCAUGGUCACACGUGGCAAUCAUCAAGAGCUGCAACUAGAUCCUGGAAGUUACUCUGUUGAUCUUGAUCAAAAUACAUUCAAUGCUUCUAACUGGAAAUAUAAAUACUAUUGUCGAAUCUAUAGCUCAUCGAUGUUUCCCAACCUACGAGGUUCAUUGUUGACAAUUAAUGACCCAAGGAAUGAUCCAUCGAAUCCAUCUUGUUUGUCCAAUCGAACUGCGUGGAGAUUCGAUAAUGCAUUUGAUUCGUCGUUCACCAUUCUUGCCGAUGCAUUGCAAUUCAAUCGAACAUAUCAGUUUAUGGUUCAAAUGGAGAACCGUGAGAACUCUUCGCGGCAAGCAAGUGGCUAUGUUCUUGUGAAAGUGGAAGAUACUCGUCCACACAUGGUCUUUAUAGGUUGUGUGAUAUGGACGAUGUGUCAGCCGAAUCUAGAAUUCCAGCUAGUUAAUCCCACAACACAAGUGGCGUUGUUUUCGGCUUGUCCAGGAGACUGUAACAGAAUCGAAAGCAUCGUAUGGAAGAUUUAUCAAGGCGUAGAGGAUUUGACUACCGAUUCUACUAGAUGGACAGUGUUCAAUGAAACAAGUGUCUAUGAGAAUAUCUGGUUUUUCGGCAUCCGGAGAAGUAAUUUCACCGCAACGAAUCAACUAUUCCUGUCCAAUCCGCAAAUCCAGCUUUGGCGCUUUCAAGUUGUCUACACUUUCACAAAUGAAACAAGUGUCAGUUCACUGAAUUUCGUCAUCAAUCAACCACCAGCGAAUGGCUCGUGUUUAAUUGACCCAUUGAAUGGAACAACAAGUACUUUAUUCACUAUUUCAUGCAAGGAUUUCUUUGAUGCAGAUGGAAUCAAAGACUACACUGUCUACGGCACGACCGAUGACCAAAGCAAGAUGACAAUUGUUGCUUAUUCGAAUUUACCAACAUUUCAACUAUACUUACCAGCUGAUGAUGAUCAAAUAUCAUCGCUUAGCUUAGUCGUUCAUGUUCGAGAUCAAAUGAAUUGUGUCACUGAAACGAAUCUCUCAUCAGUAACUGUUUUGCCUGAUACCCUUGCGAUAAAUGAUUUGAUAAAUAACAUUUGGAACUCAUCAGCCAGUAAUACCCCUAAUGCCAUCGUAAAUUUGCUUGGAAGUGGAAAUCAAAAUAUUGUUGGACAGGUGAUCAGUUCGGUAUCACAACAGUUCAAUAGAAUGAACAAUGAAACUAUUGAAGCGGCUGCUACUAAUGGUAUUCCCACUGCGAGUAUAUCAGUGUCAUCACUAUUCAGUGAAGGUGGACAACAAUCAUCAACGUUAUUGAAUCAGUCGGCAUUGGAAGAAUUCAACAGCCAACAGAACUCUCGUGCUGUAACUCGAGAUUACUUUAUCCCAUUCAUUACAAAUAUUCCCAUCACAACAUCAAACAGCAUCAAACUACAAGCAUCAACGUUGGCUCACUUCACAAAAGCAACAAAUGAAUUGACAAGAACAACUUUGGCAAGUGUAGCGAAUCGAUGUUAUGAGUUAGCAUUUGCUUUGAAUUCGAUGCGAACGAAAGUUGCAUACGAAGAUGUUCGACUUGCAUCAGCUGACCUUCUUCAAUGUGCUGCUAAUCUCAUCAACGCUGCCAACGGACCACUACAAGAAAGAACGAGUGUUCUCGAUGCCGAUGCAGUUGGAACAACGAAAUUUCCCGAUAAUUAUGAUACUGAUGUCGAGGCAGCGUGGUCAAAUCCUAGUCUAUUUGCUGAUGGUGAUGACUUCUCCUUAGAGACAAUACAACGAAAUCAAGUCAUUUAUUAUCAAAAACAACUGGCGAAUGAGAUCAAAUCAAAGAUGACACAAUUGAUUUCACUGUUGACUUCAACAUUGAACGUUCAUCUCAACGUUGGACAAGAUUUCACCAUCGAAACAUCACAAGUGAUCAUGACACUCGAGACCAAAUCAACUCAAUCACUUUCGAGUUCACUUACAAAAAUAAUCGGAACUGGACAAGUGACACUUCCCAACAAGUUCACUUCAUCUCUCACUGCAAAUGACAAAAUCUUCGUUCGAUCUAUGAUGGAACCAUUGGCACCCUUUGGAAACUCAAAGUCAACAUCGAACACCAAUCUCUCUCGAUCACUCUCAUUCUCCAUUCUCGAUCAGAAUCACAGUGAUAUUCCAAUCCAAACAGCAAACAAUCACUCGAUCGAGAUCAUCAUUCCUCGUGAUCCCAAUCUCAUCGUUCCAUCGAUGAUCUUGCAAAAUGUCACAUCACUCAAAUCUACACCCACUGCUGCCAUGUUUGAUUUACAUCAUUUGAGUUUGUCUUCAUCACUUGCAGUGUCAGUUCAUUGGGAGAUUCAGCCAUUAGACACCAGUUUAGCCUAUUUAUUCAUCUACAGAUUCGAUGAAGUGCCACAGCUGAGUUCAUCCAUCAAACUCAUCGAUGGAUGGACACUUCUCUGUCCUGAUAAUAUCACGAAUGAAAGUGUCUACACAUACUAUGUCGAUAAUCAACAAACAAACGGUCAUCAGUCGAUCAUCUUUGGUCUGAGAGAACUCAAUGCAACUGAGAUCACUCCACAUUGUUCGAACACAUCACUUACCAGUCCUCCUAUCAUCGAUCAGCCAAUGAACUUCACCUCAGACUAUGGACUAAGAAUCUACACAUCGGGUUGUUAUUAUAUCGAUGCAAAUCAACAAUGGCAAUCAGAUGGACUCAUCGUUGGCCCAUUGACCAAUCACUAUCAAACUCAAUGUUUUUCCACUCAUUUGACCACAUUCGCGGGUGGAUAUGCUGUUCUACCCGAGACAGUCAAUUGGAGCUAUGUGUUUGCUAAUGCUGAUUUCAUGAAAAACAAAACCAUCUAUUUGACAGUGAUUGUUGUCUGUGUGAUCUAUGUACUUCUGGCCAUUUAUGCACGGUACUACGACAAGAAAGACGUGGAGAAACUAGGCGUGACUAUCUUGCCCGAUAAUAACAAGAACGACGACUAUUUCUAUCAGAUGAUUGUGUUCACUGGUCAACGACGGGAUGCUGGAACGAAAUCGAAUGUUCAUUUUGUCAUUCAUGGUGAUGAGAAUGAUACUCAUAUUCGAACAUUGGCUGAUCCUCAUCGUCGCGUUUUGCAGCGUGGUGGAGUUGAUGCAUUUCUUNAGAAAGACGUGGAGAAACUAGGCGUGACUAUCUUGCCCGAUAAUAACAAGAACGACGACUAUUUCUAUCAGAUGAUUGUGUUCACUGGUCAACGACGGGAUGCUGGAACGAAAUCGAAUGUUCAUUUUGUCAUUCAUGGUGAUGAGAAUGAUACUCAUAUUCGAACAUUGGCUGAUCCUCAUCGUCGCGUUUUGCAGCGUGGUGGAGUUGAUGCAUUUCUUAUGAGUGUUCCCAAGUCCUUGGGGCCGUUGAAUUGUGUUCGUAUUUGGCACGACAACAGUGGUAAAGGUUCGUCAUCAUCGUGGUUCCUCAAAUAUAUCAUCAUUCGUGAUCUUCAAACAAUGCAAAAGUUUCAUUUCAUCUGCCAACGAUGGUUUGCAGUUGAGAAAGAUGAUGGGAAGAUCGAACGUGUUCUGCAUGUUGCAAGUGACCUGGAAAAGAAUCAGUUCUCAUUUGUCUUGACGAAACGAACUUAUCACAGUGUGUCUGAUGGUCAUCUGUGGUUUUCGAUCUUUUCUCGUCCACCAUCGAGUCAGUUCACUCGUGUGCAACGAUGUACAUGUUGUUUUGUUCUGUUACUUGUAUCCAUGUUUCUCAAUAUCAUGUAUUAUGACUUAUCAAAGGAAGCGAAAUCAACAAACACAGGUAGUUUGUCAUUCGGUGUUGGUCAUGCCAGUCCUCAGCAAGUCAUGAUUGGUGUGAUUGUUGAAAUGUUUGCACUGAUUCCCAGUUUGUUGCUUAUUCAGCUGUUUCGUCGUGUUCGUCCUCGUCGACAACAACAGUCGCCAUUGCGUCAAGCAUUGCACAAAAUCAAACCCAAUGUUGUAAACAAAGUCAAUGAGCAGCAGCAGAAGAAGAAGAACAAGGAGAAAAUAUGGAUGCUUCCUUGGUGGGGUAUUUUGAUUGCAUAUGCAUUGUGCUUGGUGUUAGUUGGCGUUUCCAUUCUGUUCAUCAUUGCUCGUGGUAUCGAGUUUGGUGACGAGAAGACACAGAAGUGGUUGGCAUCCGUCAUCAGUGGUAUCUUUUCGUCGGUUCUCCUUACCCAGCCAUUGAAAAUUGUUGCAUUGGCCAUCUUCUUUGCUUGUUUUUGUCGAAAGACAACCAGUGAAAAAGAAGCAACUGAGCUGUUAGAUGAUGAUCAAAUUGGCUUGGCAGCUGAUGAAGAGUAUCUUCACAUGUUUCAGAACAAAUCUCUGUUUAUUCGUUCAUCUACGAAUCGCGCUCAACGUCUGAGCAAGCAUGAAAUCAGCCAAAUUCGUGAUAAUCGACUGAAAGAAAUCCAGAUACGGAAUGUCAUCCGAGAAAUGGUGUUGUAUGUGUGUUUUCUGGUUGUUCUUUGUGGUGUUAUUUAUUCGAAUCGCGACUCAAGUGCAUACUAUCAAGUCGAUCAUCUACGAAAAUAUUUGCUCGACUCUAAACAAGAGAACUUGGACUUUACAAAAAUUGCAACAAUAGAUGAAUACUGGAAUUGGCUGGAAAAGAGUUUAAUUAUCAAUCUGCGAGCUCAACAAUGGUAUAAUGGUGAUCCACCCCGCAGUCUCACUGGUUUCAUUGACGACAAAUCAAAUCGGUUGAUUGGAUGGGCAACGAUGAGACAGUUGAGAGUCAAAGCUGAAUUAUGUCGGCAACAGAAUGUGUUCUCCUUGACAUGUGCAGCUGAUUAUAGUUUGCGGAACGAAGACAAACAGUCGUAUGCUCCUGCAUGGCAAAAUCAAUCAUCACAAAUCUACCAUUCGUCAAUUCAAAAAGCGUUUACGUAUCAGUCUGGUGAUGCAUUGGACACAUAUGUGUAUGUUGGAGAUCAUGCAAGUUAUGGAAGUGGUGGUUAUGUGUAUGAAUUUCGUGGUCGUUUGAGUGAUCUUCAAAGUAAUCUUUCCCAACUUCAUCAACUUGGUUGGAUUGACAAGCAGACUCGAGCUGUCAUCAUUCAACUGACUUUGUACAAUCCAAAUGUUGCUCUAUUUACUGCUGUCACUUUUCUUGCUGAAUUUCUCUCAUCGGGCGGAGUAUUCAGCAGUGCUCGUUUCGAACCGAUCAGUUUUUAUGCAUUCACAUCAAUGCCUCAGUUAGUAUGCACGAUAAUUUACAUGUUAUUCAUAUGUUAUUUCAUGUGGCUCGAAGUUCGAUUGUUGAUAGAGAUGAAAUGGAAAUAUUUCAAUCAAUUCUGGUCGUAUGUGGAUGUUGGAAUAAUUGCUUGUUCAUGGGCAAGUGUUGGUAUUUAUAUUUGGCGACUCGGAGAAAGUCGACGAAUCGGAAAAUUAUUCGAAAAGACCAAUGGAUAUGUUUAUAUCAACUUACAAUUGACCUCAUUUAUUAACAAUGCUUUAACAGAUUUACUGAGUUUUUGUUGCUUUUUCGGUACAAUUCAAUUAAUCAAAUUAUGCCGUAUCAAUAGAAAGCUUAUCUUAUUUAUUCGUACUCUUCAGUGUGCAGCCAAAGAGUUACUAUCCUUCUCGUUCGUAUUUUCGUUUGUGUUCCUAUCAUUUCUUUGUCUCUUCUAUUUACUAUUCGUUUCAAAAUUACCUGAAUGUUCAAGUUUACUGGGAACAGCUCAGAUGUUAUUCGAAAUGACCCUGAUGAAGUUUGAUGCACAUGAACUGAGUGAAGCUGCAGCAUUUCUUGGUCCAUUUUGUUUCAGUUUAUUCAUUUUUAUCGUUGUUUUCAUUUGCUUGAGUAUGUUUGUGUCAAUCAUCAGUGACAAUUUUCGUCGUGCAAGAGAGAAUGUGAACGACAGAAAGGAAGACUUGUCGACGUUAAUUAUCGAAAGAUUUAAAAGAUGGUCAAGACUGAAAACAUUCACUGAAGAAGAUCGGCUGGCUGAAAGAGACGCACAGAUGCGUGGAAACUAUUACGACCCAAUCGAAAAAUUUCCAGAUAGAAUCGAUCAAUUAUUCGUUGCUCUGGAUAAAAUCCACGCAGAUCAAAAAUGA